CCCAAAGACUAUUCUAUAUAAGGAAACAUGUCACAACGUUUGUUCUGAUUGGUCAAAUGUCCCUUUCUGUGCUGUGAUAGGUAUGUUGAGUGUGAUGGGGGUUUUGCAUACGCCAAAGACCAAGGUAGUCAAAAGGAGGAAGUAAAGUAAACCACACAUGUGCCAUGUAGUGUGAUCUCUAGAGCAGACAUGCAGUGAUAGUAGAAGUGGAUAGCUGCUUUUUGAAGUGGUUCCACCAUGAGACCCAACUACUGCCUGACCAUCCUUCAUGUGUCCAUCUUCGCGGCGCUCCUCAUCACUUUGGAUGCUGAUGGUGACGAUUCAGAUUGUGAAGUUGAAGUUAAAGUACACCGUAACACGAUUUAUGGAGUUGCCUUUGGAGGAGACCUUGAGAUUCACUGCCCCAUUGCUUUCUGCAACUAUCCACCACCAACAGUCACCUGGUAUAAACUUAAUAAAACAGUUGUCCCUGUCAACGUCAGCAGCAGCAGUCACAUUAAAACGGAGUUGGAACUUUUAAAAUAUUUAGAAGGGAGGUCGUUGUUGAUCUUUCAAAAAAUACUCAGAAGUGACUCAGGUGUGUAUCAGUGUGGAGAUGGAAGCAGUCUCAGUCAUAACAUUAACGUCACUGUCUAUGGUGAGUAUGAUUUUCUACACAGAAAGACUAAACCUAUACAUGACUGAAGCUGUUAUAAUGAAGCCAUUUCCCAAAUAAUCAGAUUAUGUUGUGGCAAAUAAACAAUCUGAAUGUUUUUCAGAUUAUCGCAU